UAUACAUAUAUAUAUAUACACACAGAGGAUGCAGAGAGAGAAAGAAGAGAGAGAGAACCACUGUGUGUGAAAAUUUGGAAGAAAACCCACUUCAGAUCUACUCCUCUUUCUUGUCAACACAUUCUUCAUUAUUUUCACUACCAUUUCAUCAAAGUUUCCACACUGGAAGCUCCAUUUUAGUAGUAACUCACAUUUCCAUCCACCGUAUAUUUAACUCACUGCCACGUGUCACCUUCUGGGUAUUCUGUUUUUUAAGCUGCAUGGUCAUUUUCCGGCGAGGUUAGCCGGAGCUCCGGCGGGAAAUUGAGGUGGGUUUUUUUGAGAAAAUGUGUUAAUUGAAGGGUAAAAGUGGAAAAAAAUAAAAUGUUUAAGACUGGUAGAUGGAGAGGAGAAAAGAACAAGAUCAAAGUUGGGUUCAAGUUGCAAUUUCAUGCAACUCAGGUGUCACAGGUAAAAGGAGAUGCAUUAAUGGUAGCUGUGGUCCCUGCUGAUGUUGGAAAGGCAACGGUAAGAUCAGAGAAGGCCACGGUUCGUGAUGGGAACUGCUACUGGGAGAAUACAGUACUCGAAACCGUGAAAUUAACUCGAGAGCCAAAGUCGGGCAAGAUUCAUGAGAGGAUCUAUAACUUUGUUGUGGGAACUGGCUCUUCAAAAAAUGGAGUCGUAGGUGAAGCUUCAAUUGAUUUUUCGAGUUAUGCUGAUGCUACUAAGGUGUCCUUGGUGUCUCUACCCCUCAAAAAUUCAAAAUCUGAAGCUUUGUUGCAUGUUUCAAUACAGAGGAUUCAGGAUUCUGCUGAUCAAAGUGUUGUUGAAGAAAUCGAAAAUGCAAAACUGAAUUCUCUGGAUAAAAGCUUGAGAUCGCAAUUAAGCAAUGGUGAUUUCGAAGAACUAGUUAAAGACAAUUCUAUUGAGGAUGAUCUGGCCAAUAAACCUGAAUCUCAAAAUGCUGGAAAAAACGGCAACUGCCGGACGUCAAGUGAAUCUGAUAUCACCCUGUCCAGUUCUAGGAGCAGCUCAGGGCUUGAUACGCCUUGUGAAGUUCCAUUGAAGAACAACAUGGGCCAUCAGGAGCAGAUAAACUUUCCAUCCACUCUGAAUCAUGGUUUGGUUCCCCAGAAGCAAAAUAGCAAUGUGUCAACAGCAGUUCAUGAAGAAAGUCCGGAUGUACAAUGGGAGUGGAUGGGAGGUUCUGCUUUUGACACGAGUACAGAUGCUUCUGCAGGCACUCCAAAAGAAGCAGCCCUUCUAAGAUUAACAUCACAAGAGGCCUCAGAUGUUGAAAAGCUCAAAACUGAGCUCAUAGCUAUGGCUAGGCAAGCAGACAUGACAGAUUUGGAACUACAGACUCUUCGGAAACAGAUAGUCCGGGAGAGCAAAAAAGGACAGGACUUAUUAAAAGAGGUAGCUAGCCUGAAAGAGGAACGAGAUGCUCUCAAGGAAGAAUGCAAUAAAUUUAAAGCCUCGCAGAAACGUAUGGAUGAGACAAGGUCCAAAGACAAGUUGCUUUAUGACAAUGGAGAUAUUCAGGCUCUCGUCCACGAGCUUAGACAAGAGUUGAAUUAUCAGAAGGACCUUAAUGCCAAUCUUCAGAUACAACUUCAGAAGACACAGGAAUCAAAUGCUGAACUAAUUCUUGCUGUUCGUGAUCUAGACGAGAUGUUGGAACAGAAAAACCAAGAAAUUGCUAGGUUACCCAACAAAUCGACGACCUGUGAUGAUGAUGCUGAAAAGUUUCCAGAUGUUAUCUCCAACUCCAAACAUGAAAUGACUGAUGAAGAUGAUGAAGAGCAAAAGGCACUUGAGCAGCUUGUGAGAGACCAUACUGAUGUCAAGGACACACAUGUGCUAGAGCAAAAAAUCAUGGACCUACACGGAGAAAUUGAGAUCUACAGAAGAGACAGAGAUGAGUUAGAAAUGCAGAUGGAGCAACUUGCGCUUGACUACGAGAUACUGAAGCAAGAAAACCAUGACAUGUCGUACAAACUGGAGCAAAGCGAGCUACAGGAGCAAUUGAAGAUGCAGUAUGAGUGUUCGUCCUCAUAUGCCACUGUAAGUCAACUGGAAGCCCAGAUUGACAGCUUGGAGAAUGAGCUGAAGAAGCAAUCUGAAGAAUUCUCCGACUCUUUAGUCACCAUUAGGGAACUCGAAGCUCAAGCGAGAAACUUGGAGGAGGAACUGGAAAAGCAAGCCCAAGAAUUUGAAGCUGAUCUCAGUAUGCUGACUCGUGAUAAAGUUGAACAGGAGCAGAGAGCGAUACGAGCUGAAGAAGCCCUGAGGAAGACAAGAUGGCAAAACGCUAGCACCGCAGAGCGGCUUCAGGAGGAAUUUAAACGGCUUUCUGUCCAAAUGGCAUCCACUUUUGAAGCUAAUGAAAAAUUGGCUAGCAAAGCAUUGAAUGAAGCUAAUGAAUUCCGCCUAGAGAAAAUGUAUCUUGAAAAUAAGCUCCGGAAAUCAUCUGAGGAGCUUCAGUCAAUCAAAGACCAUUAUGAAGCAAAGGUUUUUGAGCUUUCGAGCCAGGUGAGUAGAAUGUCAGGUCAAAUAGAAAAGUUGCAGACAGAAAUUGGAGAAAGGUCUUUGCAAAUACAGAAACAAGAAGAGCUUGCCAAAGAAAGUCAGCUGUGCCUGUCACAGAAAAUUAUAAUCCUUGAAGCCGAGAUUGAAAAUCUUCUAACAGACAAGAAAAUAUCUUCUGAUCAUGAAGAACAAAAGAAUAGCAUGAUGGCAGAGUUGGAUAAGAUGAGGACCUCAAUUAAAGACAUGGAACUGCUUGUAGAAAAGGGCUGCAAUGAAAGAAGUGAACUGGAAACUAAGCUUGCGUCAGUGAGAAAAGAAGCCGAUGAUUCUCUCAAGGAAUUAAACUAUAUGAGGUCUCUUAAGGACGAGAAGGGGGUGUUAGCUGGAAAACUGCAUUCAGAAGUAGAUAACCUUAAAUCUAGAUGCACUGAAAUGAAAAGGAUGUUGUUUGAGGACGAGGUGGAGAAAGAAAAAUUGAAAAAACAGGUGUCUCAAUUGAAAGGUGAUUUGAAGAAGAAAGAGGAUGCAUUGAAUAGUUUAGAUAAAAAGCUCAAGGAUGCCAACGGUCGAGUAAUAGCUUCUAAUGGAAUGAAAACAACAUCAAAGAACAACAAAUCCAUGCCCUCAAGAGAGGUUGCAAGUCUUAAAGAGAAGAUAAAGUUGCUUGAGGGUCAAAUCAAGCUGAAGGAAAGUGCACUGGAGAGCUCAACAAAUUCAUUUUUGGAGAAGGAGAGAGAUCUUCAAGACAGAAUAGAGGAGUUAGAUAAAAGAUUAGAAGAACUCACUCAGAAUGCAGAAAAGCUAUCUGAACAAGAGUCCCGAAAGGUAGUUGCGGAAGUUCUAAGUCCAGAAGAUGAAAGUCCCUGCCAAAUGCUGACAAUGAAGAGCUGCAAUGGCUGUUCACUUAACAAGACAAUACAUAUCGAGGAAUUGUCCAACGAAAUUGAACACCUGAGGGAAAGGAACAACGUAAUGGAAGAUGAACUGAAGGAAAUGCAAGAGAGGUAUUCAGAAAUAAGCCUCAAGUUUGCUGAGGUAGAAGGAGAAAGACAGCAACUAGUAAUGAAAUUGCGCAACGCGAAAAAGAAUCCAUAAAAACAGUUCCAUGGAGGCAAUGAAACCAGGUUCUUUCUUCCAGAAUAGUAAAUGUGAAUUGUACCCAAAAAAAAAAAUAAAAAAAAAAUUAAAAUACAUGUAUAUUGGUGAGGGAAUUUUUCUCUUUUCUCAUUAUUUUUUCAAUAUUUUGUUUUUAGCAUAUAGUGCUUGACUUUAGCAUUUAGAUAUUAUACAAGAAUGUAAAGUAGUCUACCAAAUACCACAUGUCUCACAAGUUGUCUAGAGUAUUUUCAGCUGUUUCUGUGAUUAGUGUUUGGUAAUGUCUUUCCGAUCAUCAUAUUUCAUUCUUUGAUAUGUAAAAGAAGAAAAUUUGUACUAGAUAUUUGAUUGAUAACAGUCCACUUUAUAGUGUCC